GCAAACGCCUCGCAGGAUGCUCUGGAGUAUCCUGCAUUCUACCACUGGGGCAAGACGCCUGCCCACAGGAAUCUCUGCACAGAAGUUGGACGCCGUCACGCUGACCCGAGCUCUCCAGCCGGCGGCUGGAACCUGUGUCGACAUCCACACAGACUCCAAGUACGCCUUCAAGCACUCUCCACGGGCCCUUUCAUAUGGGAAAAGGACUAAUCCAUUCGGGGGGAAAAGACACUAGAUGUGGAAAAGAAAGCUUUGAGCUGUCUGGGCAUCCAAAAGAGUGGCUGUUAUGUACUGUUGGGGCCAUCCAAAGCGGGACGCCACCUCCCCUCGGGGAAAUCAAAGACCGAGGCUACCAAGGGACAGGUGACCAGUUUAAGAAUGAAACACAGUUAAUGUGCAGCUUGUGAUUUCCACGGAUACCAGCGAGCGUUGGCAGCCCCUUCCCCUAAGAAUCAUGGCUGCUGUUCCUCAGAAUAACCUGCAGGAGCAGCUGGAGCUGCACUCGGCCAGGAAACUCCAUAACAGGUUAAACCUCUCCAAGCCCAAGUCCUCAGGUUUCACUUUUAAAAAGAAAGCAUCUUCAGGCAACAGCGCAUCUGUGACCAGUGUGUCGGCGGCCAGAACGCCUGUGCUGAGUGACAAAGACAUCAACGUCACCGAGGGCUCUUCCUUCAGCGAGCCUCGGGCCUGCCCCGCAGGGCCACCGGCGAGGAUCAGUGACUUCUUUAAAAAUGCCCCCGCAGGACAGCAGAGCAGGGGAGCUGGGAGCACCCCAUUACUGCCGGAUGUGUCGCAGACCCCACAGGAAGCGUCUUGUACUCCCCGAAACGCGCCAGCCGCAAAGACACCCCGAGACCCCGUUUCCAAGAAAUUGGACUUCAGCUCUUCCCUAGAUUCCCUGGGCACCCUCAAUGGCUGGGACGACAUGGAUGACUUUGACACCUCUGGGACCCCGAAAGCAUUUGCUGCGUCCCCCAGAAAGCCCGUGGCAAGAGUAAGCACGGCUCAGAAGUCAAAAAGAGCCAAGAGAAACUUUUGUAAAGCGCAGCUUCAGAAAGCGGACGCCGCCGAGGCUGACUCGACGCCUGCUUCCGCGGCCAGCAAGCCGGUGGAGCUGGCGGGGGCGGGCAAGGGCGACUCCGACGGGGUGGGGGGUGGCGUGAUUUGCAUCGAUGACGACGAUGGUCCCGUUUCCCAAGUGCUGAUACUAGAUUCUCAGGAAAGUCACUCGUUGGAGACUCAUUUGGGAGGUGAAAGAGAUCAUCGUGAAGACAAGAAGGUCCCGGACACAGUUGAAUUGCAUUCCGCCGAGGAAGUUCCGUGCAUUGAGCUUGACGACGAUUACGACAUCGACUUCGUUCCACCAUCCCCAGAAGAAGAGGUCUCUUCUGCCACCUCUUCCUCCUUACAAUGCUCUAGUGUGUUGAAGGACCUGGACACCUCGCACAGAGAGAAGGAUGUCCUUAGCCCACCACAAGACCUUUUGUCAAAACCCGAGAAACUCACCCCGCAGGAGCCUGAUCCAGAAACCACAGCGGGCUGUGAAGCUCGGCCGAUCCCUGUGCAGCAGCGGCUGCUUCACGUGAUGGAGCACAUCUGUACGUUAGUUGAUGCCAUCCCUGCUGAGGCACUGAGAGCUCUGGAGGGUGGGAACGAGCUGCUCCACCAGCGGGACAUGAGAAGGAAACUCCUGGCCGAAGCAGAUUUUACUAGAAACAAGACUAGCCUUCUUGGUUCACUGUGGGAAGUCGGGCCUGAUUCCUUGGGAAGCCCUGUGGAUGGGGAGUCCUGCUCUGUGGGGGAUUCUGUUAAGGCGCCAACUUUUCCACACCUCCCCUCAAAUUCUCUUUCCAAUGGGAAAUGUUUGACCGCUCCCCCAGGAAAGACGGAACUCUCAGCUCCCACAAAGCAUCUCUCUGAAGGACCCUCAUUCAGUUCCCACUUACACAAGUCCUUCGUGAGUGGCAACUGGGCUGAAACCCCAAGGACGGGACAAAGAAAUGGAAACUGCUACUUCCCAGGACACGUGCUCACCAGCACGGCCGUGAGGGACCAGAGCCAGCACAGGGCUUCAGCGAAUGAUGCAGCGAGAGACGCCCGGGCCGCCUGUGACGUCGACGACUUUGACAUAGACGACUUUGAUGAUGACGACGACUGGGAAGAUAUAAUGCAUAGUUUAGCGGCCAACAAGUCCUCCACAGCUGCCUAUCACCCUAUCAGGGAAGGGGGCCCCGCGAGGUCAGCAUCGGAGAGAAUUUCCUCGGCCAAGACCAGCUGUCUUCCCGUGGUGUCCACCGCUCACCGCAGACAUGUCUCGGAGUCAGUUCAGAAUGACGCUGACAAGCCUGCGCGAAGUUUAGCAUCUGGAAAUCUGAAACAUGAGCGUUUCCAAGGUCUUAAUUUUCCCCAUACAAAAGACAUGAUGAAGAUUUUUCACAAAAAAUUUGGUCUACAUAAUUUUAGAACGAAUCAGCUAGAGGCGAUCAACGCGGCUCUGCUUGGGGAGGACUGUUUCAUCCUGAUGCCCACCGGAGGUGGUAAGAGUUUGUGUUACCAGCUGCCCGCCUGCAUUUCUCCUGGAGUUACUAUUGUCAUCUCCCCCUUGAGAUCACUAAUAGUGGAUCAAGUCCAAAAGCUGACCUCCUUGGAUAUUCCAGCUACCUAUCUAACAGGCGAUAAGACUGAUUCGGAAGCUGCGAGUAUUUACCUCCAGUUAUCAAAAAAAGACCCAAUAAUAAAACUUCUGUAUGUUACUCCAGAGAAGGUCUGUGCCAGCAACAGGCUGAUUUCCACCCUGGAGAAUCUGUACGAGAGGAAGCUCUUGGCGCGUUUUGUCAUUGACGAAGCGCACUGUGUCAGUCAGUGGGGACACGAUUUUCGUCAAGACUACAAGAGAAUGAACAUGCUUCGCCAGAAGUUCCCGUCUGUCCCGGUGAUGGCGCUCACGGCCACAGCCAACCCCAGGGUGCAGAAGGACAUCCUCACUCAGCUGAAGAUCGUGCGGCCUCAGGUGUUUAGCAUGAGCUUCAACAGACAUAAUCUGAAAUACUAUGUAUUACCAAAAAAGCCUAAAAAGGUGGCAUUUGACUGCUUAGAGUGGAUCCGAAAGCAUCACCCAUAUGACUCGGGGAUAAUUUACUGCCUCUCCAGACGGGAAUGUGACACAAUGGCCGACACGCUGCAGAAAGACGGCCUUGCUGCUCUUGCUUACCACGCUGGCCUCAGUGAUUCUGCCAGAGAUGAAGUACAGCACAAGUGGAUUAAUCAGGAUGGCUGCCAGGUUAUCUGUGCGACCAUCGCGUUUGGGAUGGGCAUUGACAAGCCCGACGUGCGGUUUGUGAUCCACGCGUCUCUCCCCAAGUCUGUGGAGGGUUACUACCAGGAGUCUGGCCGGGCUGGCAGGGACGGGGAAAUCUCCCACUGCGUGCUCUUCUACACGUACCACGACGUGACCAGACUCAAAAGGCUGAUACUGAUGGAGAAAGAUGGGAACCAACACACGAGAGAGACUCAUUUCAACAACCUGUACAGCAUGGUGCACUACUGUGAGAACAUAACAGAAUGCAGGAGGAUACAGCUUCUGGCUUACUUUGGUGAAAAUGGAUUUAAUCCUAAUUUUUGUAAGAAAUACUCAGAUGUUUCUUGUGACAACUGCUGUAAAACAAAGGAGUUUAAGACAAGAGACGUGACUGACGAGGUGAAAAACAUCGUACGGUUUGUUCAAGAACAUAGCUCAUCACAGGGAGCGAGGCCGGUGAGGCCUGUGGGCCCCUCCGGAAGGUUCACCAUGAACAUGCUGGUCGACAUUUUCCUGGGGAGUAAGAGCGCAAAGAUACAGUCAGGCAUAUUUGGAAAGGGUUCUGCUUACUCCCGACACAACGCCGAAAGACUUUUUAAAAAGCUGAUACUUGACAAAAUCUUGGAUGAAGAACUGUAUAUCAAUGCCAACGACCAAGCAAUCGCCUAUGUGAUGCCUGGAAACAAAGCCCAAACUCUAUUAAGUGGGCAUUUAAAGGUAGACUUCAUGGAGACAGAAAAUUCCAGCAGUGUGAAGAAACAGAAGGCUUUAGUGGCGAAAGUCUCUCAGAGGGAAGAGGUGGUGAAGAAGUGUCUGGGAGAACUCACGGAAGUCUGCAAGUCGCUGGGGAAAGUGUUCGGCGUCCACUACUUCAACAUUUUCAACACUGCCACCCUCAGGAGGCUCGCAGAAUCUUUAUCUUCCGAUCCUGAGGUUUUACUUCAAAUUGAUGGCGUGACCGAAGACAAGUUGGAAAAAUAUGGUGCAGAAGUGAUCCCAAUAUUGCAGAAGUACUCCGAGUGGACGCUGCCAGCCGAGGACGCCUCCCCGCGGCCGAGCCCACCCAGCCGCAGAGACUCGGGCCGCAGCACCCCUGAGGCCCCGGACGAGGACAAACCUGUGUCUUCCCGCUACUUUGCAAACACGACCAGGAACGGGAGCAGGAAGCGCAAGCUGCCAGCCCCACAGAGGGCCAAGAGGAGAAGGACCAGCCACGGCGGCUGCCCGGCCAAGGGGGGGUCCACUGCCCGCAGGAAGCCGCCCUCGAAAACCAAGCCGUCCUGCGCGGCCCCGCGUGGCUCCCCUGUGCCCAAGGGGCCCGGGAAGCUGGGGCUGCUGGCCCCGCCCAAGCCGGUGAACCGGCCCUUCCUGCGGCCCUCGUUUGCCGUCUGCUAGCGCCCAGCUUGGCUCCCCGCGGACGACAACGGCAGCCUGGCAGCACCGUCUCUGAAUUCUACUCGCAUCCGUGCCUGUUUAGACAAAUGCUUGGGGUGGUCUUAUUUUUAAAAUAAACGUUCUCUUUUU